UGUGUCUACUUCCCAUGGGCUGUUGUUGAUUUUUCUCCCAUGGGAAGUUGUAUGUCAAACCCUGGAAACCGACUUCUCUCCAGGAAAUCGAAGGAUCCUAAGCCCAUACCCUGUGAAGAUUGCAUUUGUAAUGAUGAUUUUGAUGGCUUCCAACCACCUCCGCCACCUCGAAACGUCACAAUUCUUAAGAAAGUGACUGGGAAAGACAUUUUGGCUCGGUAUCGAUUCAUAAAGGAGCUUGGGAGAGGGGAAUUCGGAAUCACUCAUCUAUGUGAGCACCUUGAGACUGGAAAAACCCUAGCUUGUAAAUCGAUCUCAAAAAGCAAGCUUAGAACGGAAAUUGAUGUUCAGGAUGUGAGGAGAGAGGUGGAGAUUAUGCGUCAUCUGCCGGAGCACCCAAAUAUUGUGAGGCUAAAGGAGACUUAUGAGGACAAAGAAGCUAUCCACCUUGUUAUGGAGCUCUGUGAGGGCGGGGAGCUCUUUGAUCGGAUUGUUGCCCGGGGACAUUAUACCGAACGAGCUGCUGCGAUCGUCACCAAGACAGUAGUCGAAGUGGUCCAGGUAUGCCAUGGGCAUGGGGUGAUGCAUCGAGACCUAAAGCCUGAGAAUUUCUUGUUUGCAAACAAAAAUGAAACUUCUCCACUUAAGGCAAUUGAUUUUGGCCUCUCUGUAUUCUUUGAGCCUGGUCAGCGUUUCCGUGAAAUUGUUGGUAGUCCAUUUUACAUGGCCCCAGAGGUCUUGAGACGGAAUUAUGGACCAGAAGUGGAUAUAUGGAGUGCAGGAGUUAUCCUUUACAUUUUGCUGUGUGGAGUCCCCCCUUUCUGGGCAGAAACUGAAGAGGGCAUUGCACAGGCCAUUGUAAAUUCUGUUAUAGAUUUUGAGAGAGAACCUUGGUCAAAGGUUUCUGAGGAUGCAAAGGACCUUGUAAGGAGUAUGCUUGAUCCAAACCCCUACAGCCGAUUGACAGCUGAAGAAGUUCUAGCACAUCAUUGGCUGCAAAAUGCUGAAAAGGUCCCCAACAUUUCUCUUGGAGAAGUGGUCAGAACAAGGAUUAAACAGUUCUCUUUGAUGAAUAAGUUCAAGAAGAGAGUCCUAAGAGCAGUAGCAGAUAACUUGCCAAUGGAGCAAUUAAAUGGUCUUAAAAAGAUUUUCCACAUGAUGGAUAUUGACAAGAAUGGAAACUUAAGUUUCCAAGAACUCAAAGACGGCCUCCAUUUGAUUGGACAUCCUGUCCCAGAUCCAGAUGUUCAGUUGCUAAUCGAUGCUGCGGAUACCGAUGGAAAUGGCACUCUGAAUUGUGAGGAGUUUGUUACUAUCUCUGUUCACCUGAAAAGAAUUGGAAGUGAUGAGCAUCUUCAUGCAGCUUUUCAAUUAUUUGACAAGAACCAGAGUGGGUUUAUCGAGUUAGAUGAGUUGCGAGAAGCAUUAACAGAGGAUGAACGCGAGCCCAAUAACGAGCAGGUGGUCCGAGAAAUCUUCUGUGAUGUUGACACAAACAAGGAUGGGAAAAUCAGCUAUGAAGAGUUCAAGGCAAUGAUGAAGACUGGAAUGGAUUGGAAGAUGGCGUCUCGACAGUAUUCCAGAGCAAUGUUAAAUACACUUAGCCUUAAGUUGUUCAAAGAUGGAUCACUUCAUAUGAAACAGUGAAAGGUUUUGUGGAGUUAGUUUAUUUGAGUGUUACUAUGCAAAGAUCUAUCUCACCAUCAUCAAACAAUAAUAUUAUAGCCACUAAAUAAUACAGUAUACAAAGUUCCAAUUAUGCACACCCAAAAAAAAAAAAAAA